AGUGUGAGUUUGGCAACAAUGUCUCUGGCCUUCGAUGAGUUCGGGAGGCCUUUCAUCAUCCUCAAAGAACAGGAGCAGAAGGCACGGCUAAAGGGCAUUGAGGCCCAGAAGGCAAACAUACUGGCGGCAAAGAGCGUUGCCCGCAUCAUGCAGUCGUCCCUUGGACCCAAGGGAAUGGACAAGAUGCUGCAGGGACCUGAUGGAGACGUGACAGUGACCAAUGAUGGGGCGACGAUCCUGGAGCAAAUGGAGGUAGAGAACCAGAUUGGCAAGCUCAUGGUGGAGUUGUCAAGGUCACAGGAUCAUGAGAUUGGUGAUGGCACAACAGGCGUCGUUGUGCUGGCUGGGGCACUCCUAGAGAAAGCUGAGUUCUUGCUGGACAUGGGCAUGCAUCCUCUGAGGAUAGCAGAGGGCUAUGAAAUGGCAUGCAAGGUCGCAACAAAGAACCUUGAAGCAAUCUCGGAGGAGUUCGAAUUCAGUGUGGACAACUGUGAGCCGCUGAUCCAAACAUGCAUGACAACCCUGUCAUCAAAGAUUGUUGGGCGAUGCAAACGUGCCAUGGCUGAAAUGUGCGUGAAGGCGGUCUUGGAUGUUGCUGACCUCAAGAGGAGGGACGUGAACCUGGACCUUAUCAAGGUGGUGGGAAAGGUGGGUGGACAGCUGGAGGAUGCUAGGCUUGUGGAAGGCCUGAUCAUUGACAAGGAUUUCAGCCAUCCUCAGAUGCCCAAAGAGCUGAAUGACGUGAAGAUUGCCAUCCUGACUUGCCCAUUUGAGCCUCCCAAGCCGAAGACCAAGCAUAAGGUCAACAUUGACAGCGUUGAGAAAUUCGAGGAGCUCCGACGUCAGGAGCAGGACUACUUUGUUGACAUGGUGCAGAAAUGCAAGGAUUCUGGUGCUGGUUUGGUGAUAUGCCAGUGGGGCUUUGACGAUGAGGCGAAUCACCUCCUAAUGCACAGGAAUAUGCCUGCAGUUCGGUGGGUGGGUGGCGUUGAGAUCGAACUCCUGGCUGUUGCCACUGGUGCAAGAAUCGUCCCCAGGUUUUCUGAACUCACCCCUGACAAGCUUGGAUUCGCGAAACAAGUGAGGGAGGUUGCCUUUGGAACAACCAAGGACCGCAUGCUGUUAGUUGAAGGCUGUCCCAACACAAAAGCUGUCACUAUUUUCGUUCGAGGAGGUAAUCGGAUGAUUGUGGAAGAGACGAAACGCUCCAUCCAUGAUGCCCUGUGUGUCGCCCGCAACCUUGUGCGGGAUAACCACAUUGUGUACGGUGGCGGUGCGGCGGAAAUCUCCUGCUCCCUGGUUGUGGCAAGUGAGGCGGACAAGAUAGCCGGUGUGGAGCAGUAUGCCAUGAGAGCGUUUGCAGACGCCCUGGAGUCGAUUCCAAUGGCCCUGGCGGAAAACAGUGGCUUGCCAGCCAUUGACAGCGUCACUGCCAUCAAAAAGGCGCAGGUGGAAACAGGGAAUCCUUGGCUGGGUGUGGAUUGCAAUGAGGUUGGCACAAACGACAUGAAGGGACAAGUAGUAUUUGAGACGCUGAUAGGGAAGAAGCAGUGCCUAUUCCUCGCAACACAGGUGUGCAAGAUGAUCUUGAAGAUUGACGACGUCAUAGAACCCAAACGUUUUGAGUAA